CACUGGGACGCAGCCUUGGAAGGAACAAGGAACGUAUGAGCAUCCUCUGGGAGACUGGGGACAGAGUCAGAGGAAGUCUUGAGGGUCAGGCCGGUUGCCAAGUUGCCAAGCGCAUCUUCUAAGACUCAGUAGUCCCCAUGCCACCCCUUGAGGUGGCGCCCUGUCCCGCGAUGGCCGCGGUCACCCCGCUGCCAUGCCCGAUGUCCCGGCUGGACUUCCUCAAGGCCUCGCACUUUGCACUGGGGCCCGACCCGCGGCUGCACGUGGGCGACAUGCAGUCCACAUCGCAUCGGGACUUCCCGGCCCACCCAGGCAGAACCCGCGCGCAGCAGUGCCAGGCACCGCCCCGCGGGUCCCUCUUCGCACAGGACACGCGCUCGGCGGGCACGGGGCUCGAGUCCGAGACGCACGGCGCGUACGCGCCCCCGGGGCCGUCGCCGUCCCGGCGGUCGGAGAUGCGGGAGCGCACCCUCACCAUGCAGGCCAGCAACUGGCGCGUGCUCGCCGACCCGCGCGUCCGCACCAGCGCGUCCACCGUGCGCGCCGACUUCGGCUGGCCUGAGCCGCCGGCGCGCGCGAGCGAGCAGAUCCGCGGCGCGCGGCUCAUCUUCGACCGCGACUCGGUGCCGCCUGGCGACCCAGCCAAGCUGGGCAUCCCGCCCACCACCUACCAGGCGUUUUACCUGCCCCACGACCCGUGCCCGCAGCCCCGCGCGCCCUGCUGCCACCUCGGGGGCCUCAACCCCCUCAGGUGGGACCACAGCAGACAGGACAAUGCGACCUCCUACCAGAGACACUUCCAGGCCCUGCCAAGCCCACCGGCCUUGAUGUGUAAGAGGGCCUUCUCCAGCGUCGAACUGGGAGACUCCAAGAUUGGCUAUGGGCCCAUGUGUUCAGAGCAGAAGCAAGCCUACAGACCCCAGGGUCUGCCCCCAGAGAGGUAUGAUAAGGCCCAGGCCGCAGCCCACAUCCAUUAUGUGAAUAUUCGUCCUGGAGAUGGCCUAUUCCAUGACAGGACCACCAAGGCUGAACACUUCUAUGCCCGAGAGCCAGAGCGUUUUGUCCUUCACCAUGACCAGACUCCAGCGUCGCACAUCCUGGAAGGAAACUGGCGCCCUGGUCCAGGCAGCCUCACCACGUCCAUGCAUUUCUUCCAUGGCCAGCCGCAUCCGGUGACCGCACCGCCCAGCCGCCACGUGCCUUUAGAGAAAUUGAAGAGUCACGUAUGCCUAGGGGACCCCUCGCUGCUCAAACAGUUCUUCCAGACUUCCAUGGGCACGGACUAUUGCCCCCCUGCCUCGCCAGAGAAGGUGCAGAAAGCACCCAAUCUUCACUUGAUGCCUAGCAACCUGCCCCAGGGCACUGACGAAACAGAUUUUUUAACCAUGAACCAGAAGAUGCUGAAGCCUCAGAGAACACCUCCAGCCUCCGUGACUGAGGAAAUGCUUCAGCGGAGCAAAUACAGCCACAUUGAGCCCCCGCUGGGCAGACAGCGCUUCUUCUCAACCCAGUAUGAGGAUGAGUUUGCCUCCAAGUACCAGGGCCCAGCAGAGCUGAGAUUGACCAAUCUUCAGGACAGCCAUGUGCCUCUGGGCUCCCUUCACCAGUGGGGGUGUGGGUCUGGGAAGGUAGACCCUCGGGCCCCCCAGGCCCCCACCUACCCAUGCUCUAGCCAACAAUAAACACUGUCUUGGCAGC